CGGUCGGUGUUGCAGAGAAAGCUGGUGCAUUUACUGUGUAAAAACUUCCAAAUGGAAGGAAUACUGAAGCUGCUAAUUAUUUUACUCUUUGCGGUAACUGUCACGGGAGAGCCUCCUGCCAUGUACCAGGCUCAGCCGAUAAAGGCAGCAGAAGGUGGUGAUGUGACUCUUCAGUGUCGUCUGGAUCCUCCGGUCAGCCUGUCUGCUUUCACCGUGGACUGGACGAGACUUGACAACAAGGAUAUCGUCCACGUCUAUCGUCAUCAACAGGACGAUCCUGAUCCACAGACGGAUCAAUACAGAGGCAGGACGACUCUCCUCCAUGAAGACCUGAUCAGAGGAGUCCUGACUCUGCACAUCUCCUCAGUGAAGCUGUCUGACAGAGGACUUUACAAAGGCUUUGUCCCAAAGCUGAAGACCAGCUGUGUUGUUGACCUCAUUGUUGAAACGGUGGGAAAAGACCAGCAGAACGAGACAAAGAGAGAUUAUUCCAGCACAACUGGACCUCCAGAGGAAGAAGAGACCGAGCCAGACGGUCGUGGUGGUGGAAACAGGAACGCUGGCCGUGCUGGGAUCAUUUCCUCUGUCUUCAUCAUUCUCUGCCUCGUUAUCGUUGUUCUGCUUCUGAAGAUGCACGGAACAAUCCAGAAGUGCAUGAAAAGGCUCGGAGGAUGGAAAGAGCAAAAACCAGAGACGGUGUCAAACAGAUCUGAAGGAGAAAUGCUGAACAACCGAGCAGCAGACGAGGACCUGGAGGGGUCUGCAGGAAACGGCUCGUCUGAGAGGACGACAGCAGCGUAAUAUUAUUCUGAUUUGUCCUGGUGCA